AUGUCCUCGGACGUGCAAGAGCAAAUUAAUUCAGAAAUUUUUGAGAGUACACCAAUAUGGAACAGCAAAGAUGUGAACCAUAAAAAUAGAAGAGUAAUUAACCAGUUAUGGGAAGAAAUUAAAAACGAAAUGAAUAUUGAAGUGACCGAUUUAAAGAAAAAAUUAAAAAAUAUAAAAGAUCACUAUAGAAAGGAAUUAAAGAAAAUUCCUGCUUCUCGAUCAGGAGAUGCCGGAUAUGUUAAUCAACCCUCGAAUUGGCAAUACUUUUCUCAUUCGAAUUUUUUGCGAGAUGAAAUUCUACCAAAUGUUACUGAGGGAGCUUCUAUAUCUUCACAAGAAUCUUCUACAUCAUCGCAAGAAGCUUCUACACCUUCAAGAGAAGCUUCUACUUCAGAACGGUCAAGAAAAAAGAAAACAGCGAAUGAAAUAAGAACUGAAUUUUUAGAAUUGGAAAGUAAAAGGAUAAGACUGCUGGAAAAUGAUUUAUCAAAUCAAAGUAGAAACGAGACUUCUAGACAUGAGAAUAAGUCAGACAACUACUACUUUUUAAUGAGUUUGUGUCCACAAAUUGAAAAAUUCACGCCAGUACAAAAGUUUAGAGUAAGACAAAAAAUUAAUCAAGCUGUUCUAGACGAGUUAAGUGUAAAUGAAGGCAUGUACCCUUCUAAUGAACCAUUUACGCAUGAGUAUAAUACUCAACACUAG